AUGCAGCGCUCCUCCGCCCGUUCACCUACCAAGCCAAAGGCGGAAACAUGGCCUGGCCCAACACCUCUCGCGAUAUUCAUCCGCAACUUGAAACUCCUUCGCCUCGACGCCCGUUCAGACUGGCCAGAUAUCACCCCGGUAGCUUUAUCCGGUUCGCAAACUAACCUCCGUCGGAGGAUCCAAGCCGUGGAAUGGUCAUUAUAUCACUUGUUCCUGAUAUGGGACAAGAACGAGGCACACACUAAGCUGCAACCUUUUUUUCCGCCGCUUGAACCGCUUCAAUCCGUCAAUCUAAGAGCGGCACUUUUCCGUGCGCUUUCUGAUUUGAAGAAGAAUGGCAUUUUGGGGAAAGAAGCGAUGCUUCGAAAGACGAUGUUGGAUGACUGCAAAGGUGAACGAUUUGAGGAAAUUCUGGCAGCUUUUUCCUCCGCCGUUUUGCGAAAAGCCCUCCUUCCCGGCAAGGCUCCAAGCCAAGCUAUGCAUUUGGCCGUUUCUCAACAGUUAACGGCAUGUGAGCAAGAGAAUUUACUUCCACUAGUACUUAGUUAUCGUUCCUCUCUGACUUCCAUCAUCGAAGAGAGGAAGAGGCUUGGCAAUUUCUAUGAAUACCUUAAUCAACAUUAUGCUGCGAAAGCAGACCAGCUUUCAGCCCGUGCUUCCACAACCUCACAACCUAUCCUUGAUGCUAAUAAAGCGGAGCGUGUACGUCGCAGUAUUAUUUCUUCAUGGCAUGGGAAUGAAGAAUGGGCGGAGUCGCUACUGCGCGGCGGUUUGCAAGUUGAUUUGGACCCUUUACUGGAAUUUGAUUUCUCCCGAGUACGCUCGUUAGCAAAGAAUAACGCUUUAGAAUCCAUAAAGUCGAAAAGGCCCUCAGACCUUCUUGCGGAUUUGGAUCGACGGGUUGCGCAGCAGGAAUCUAGGCUACAACGAUGGCAAGAGUUCAAACGGUCGUUGACAGGGGAGAAACCUGGAAAGCAGCAACCAGAACCGGACAGCCAGAAUCGAAUAUUGACAUUUCGCAAUCAUCAAACUUUGAACGUGGCGUCCCUCGCGCAGUUGAAUCAAUCAGCGAAGGAAUGUGUGCAAGCUUCAGAGUAUCGAACUAUUUUGGCUGACCUCGAAGGCUCCCUUGCUAAGAUCAAAGGAUCUAACAUCGGUCGGGAGAAACAGCGGCAAAAGGCAGCGCGCCCGGUGCCAGAAGAUAGGGCUCUCGAAGGAAGGCAGGGACUGGCCCAAGAGUCUGAUGGUUUUGACCAUGUUCCCAGUUUAUGGUUGUCUUCGCAUCAUGGAGAAACACGGCCGUUGCCUAAAUCCGGUUCGGUCAACGUUCCUGAUGCCAGUGCCGGGCGAACCACCAACUCAUCCACAGACACACCAGAUGCCAACGGAGUUGAGACAGAUGCUUCACAGGAUGACGAAUACCUAAAUCCCCGCCCUAGAGGCCCUACGCCAGCCAUGUCCAAACGAGAAAAUAAUCUACCCUCCACCCUCGUAGAACGGACGCGAAAAUCAAUGUCGCUUUUGCCGAUUCCCGAGGCUCAUCCCCAAAAAUUAACCGGAAACUCGAAAGCAUCCCGACAUUCACAAUCGUUUCCGGUUAAUCCUCUUGAGACCCCUGAUAGUAAAAGCAGACGAACGGCCCAACAAAGGUCGGGAGCUACCACUCCGCGAGAUGAGCUUUUUGGCGAAGAUGCAGAAUAUGCCAGCGUGUUCAAGAGUCGACCGAAGGUUGCGCUAAGCCCCGUCAACUCUCCUGCCGUUCACGUCCCAGUCUCUGUGGACCAUGAGAUAUCAGAUGUCGAGUACGAUGAAGGAAAUAGUUAUUUUAAUCUUGUAGCACAAGAUUCCCCUUCCAUUAGGCGAAAGACGAUGUAUAUGUGA